CACAAACAGGUGGUCAUCCUGCCCUUGCCUUGACCUGUAAUCUGCAUAGGACAGUGGCCUGGUCACAGGGGCCCAUUGUGGGGAGGUUGGGAAGUUAAAGAACACUCUGGCCUCCUCCAUCAUGUCGGCCAAGAAGGCAGAACUGAAGAAAACAAGCCUGAGCAAGAACUACAAGGCAGUGUGCCUGGAAUUGAAGCCAGAGCCGACCAAAGUAAGAAGCUUUUUUGAGGCCGUGCCGACAGCCAGGCCUGAGACCCGUGGGGAGGUGACUUGGAGUCAGGGGUCAUUCGCUGUUCCUGGUGGCCAAGACCUGUCCCAGACAUACGACUACAAAGGAGUAAAACAAGAAGGGCCGUUUACCAAAGCAGGAGGAACUCAUGAGCUAAGGAAUGAACUCAGGGAGGUGAGGGAAGAGCUCAAGGAAAAAAUGGAUGAGAUCAAACAGAUAAAGGGCGUAAUGGACAAGGAUUUUGAUAAACUCCAGGAAUUCGUGGAGAUUAUGAAGGAAAUGCAGAAGGAUAUGGAUGAGAAGAUGGAUGUUUUAAUAAAUAUACAGAAGAACAGCAAGCUUCCCCUUAGAAGAGGGCCAAAGGAACAGCAAGAACUCAGGCUGAUAGGAAAAACAGACCCGGACCCACAGCUCUGCCUCAAGAAGAUGGAUGGGGCUGACGGAACACCGCUUUCUCUCCACAAGAAGAUGAUGGCACUACAGAAACCAAAAAAGGACCCUCUGGAUUCCCUUCAUCAAUGCGGGCCAUGCUGCCAGCAGAAAACUUCCGUAUCAAGCCUGGCCACCCUGUUCAUCCUUGGCUUCUGGAGCUGCUUUCUGAUUUAUCUGUACUUCCAACCCUAUGUGGUGGAGGACAUGCUCCCAACCUAGGAGCGCGGCGGAUCCCACCAGCAGCUCUGGCUCUUCCUACCCCGACUCUUCAAACUGCACAGCAAGGGCUUGUGGCCCUCGGACCUACCACCCUGCCCCAGGCCUGCCCCCACCUGGAGAUUAAAAUCUUCGUUUAAAGCCA